AUGCGCAUAGGAAAGGAGGGCGGCUUGGGACGUUCCGACUCCAGUCCGGGCUUCGCGCCGCCUCUCAACGCCUGUCUUUCAACCCCCUUGGCUGACCCAUCACCCUCCUUCCUGGCUCUCUCCCUUGCAGAUGCAGUCAGCUGGGUCCGAGGACACCCCAGCCACCCAGACACACCAUCCAACAUCUACGAAGGUGGCCUGGGGACCCAGCAGCAGCAGUGCCCCAAUACCCAGGGAAGCAAGCCCAAGAACUUCCGGCUGCGUCACCUCCGAAGCCUGGCUUUUUACCUGCCAGGCCAUGUGCAGCCAGCCGGCCAGUGUGAGAGCCACUGGCUGGGCCGGCUGCUGGCUGGGGGCAGCCUGCCACGGCCUGAAGGCUCAGCCUGGCCCCUGGACCUGUCCCAGAGAACUCCGGGUCCAGGUAACAGCCACUCCUCAGCCCUUCUGGAAGCCCGAAAGCCCAGGGACAACCUGGGAAAUAAAGCUUCCAGUUCCGGCAUGGACCCAGCCAUGGGUGCCCCUUCCCAACUCAUUCCCCCUGAGGGCUUGGGGCUUAGGUCCAAGAGAUCCUGGAGGGCCCUGGAGGAGUCCAUGUGUCCCUUGUGCAAGAGAACCCGUUCUGGGGCAUGUGAGAGGUCCUAGGGGUUCUGAGAGCCAGGGCUGAGGACAGCAGGGAAAGUAUGGCAGAAGAGCAGGAAGAGGCAGAUCCCAGAGCAAAGGCUCAGCCCCAGCAGUAGCCCUCCCCCAGGGAGAUGCCACCCCCACCCCCCAGCUGCCCAGCACCGGA